AUGCGCAAGCCCCUGAACGGGUAUCUGCCGAUCGAAAACUACGGCAUCAUCGGCAACAUGCACACCACGGCGCUGGUGGGCCUCGACGGCUCAGUGGACUUUCUCUGCUGGCCCGAGUUUGACAGUCCGUCGGUGUUCUGCCGGAUGCUGGACAAGACCAAGGGCGGGCACUUCUCCAUCACGCCAACGACCCCCGACAUGUCGAGCAAGCAGCAGUACCUGCCGUUCUCCAAUGUCCUGGUGACCAAGUUUCUGAGCGAAGCCGGGGUCGGCCAGGUCACCGACUACAUGCAUCGGCCGAAGCCCGGGUCGCGCAGCCACAGCGUGAUGCUUCCCUGGCUGAUCCGCUCGGUCGACGUGAUCCGCGGUGAGCUCGAGUUCAGCGCUGAGUGCUUUCCGGCCUUCGACUAUGCACGUGCCAAGCACAAAAUGCAUAUCGACGAUACUGAGCACGACCAUAUGGAGAAUGCCGAGGAUGUGGCAGCGCAGACUGCAGUCCACCCAAUGGACCUGCGGUACGUUGUGGGCGCCAGCGCCGGCUGCCACGGCAUGGGCUUUGACUGGCAGCCGGUGGAUAACCCAAACGGGCUGGGCCAGGGCGUGCAGGCCAAGUUCCGGCUCCAAGAGGGUCAGCGUGUGACGUUCAUUUUCCGCACGCAGCCGGAGCCCAACACGGACUUCAUUGACCCACCCCUGUCGAUGCCACUGCUGGACGAGCUGCUGGAGGACACGCUGAUGUACUGGCUAAUGUGGAUCCGCAAGUGCAAGUACAGCGGGCGGUGGCUCGAGCACGUCGAGCGCAGUGCACUGAUGCUGAAGCUGCUGACGUACGAGCCGACUGGCGCCGUGGUGGCAGCACCGUCCUUUUCGUUGCCCGAGGCCAUUGGCGACUCGGGACGGAACUGGGACUACCGGUUCACGUGGGUGCGCGACUCAGCCUUCACCAUGUACGCCUUCAUGCGCCUGGGCCUGACCACCGAGGCCAAGAAAUACAUGGAGUUUGUCAGCAUGCUGUGCCGCGAAAAGAAGAACCCCGACGGGAGCCUGCAGAUAAUGUACACGCUGCGCGGCGGCCGCGAGAUGCCCGAGCUGAUCCUGCCGCACCUCGAGGGCUACCGCGAAUGUGCUCCUGUGCGUAUCGGCAAUGGCGCUGCCGACCACAUCCAGCUGGACAUCUACGGCGAGCUCCUGGAUGCCAUCUACCUGUACAACAAGUACGCGAAUCCGCUUUCCUACGAUGACUGGGUGGAGGUGCGCACUCUGGUGACCUAUGUCUGCAACAACUACGACCAGCCCGACAUGGGGAUCUGGGAGGUGCGCGGCCAGCGCCAGCACUUCACGUACUCCAAGGUGCAGUGCUGGGUGGCUGUCGACCGCGGCCUGCGGCUGGUGGACAAGCGCGAUUUCCCGUGCCCCGACCAGGCGCUGUGGAGCAGGACGCGCGACAAAAUCUACGAGGAGAUCAUGCAGCAUGCGUGGAAUCCGGAGAUGCGCAUAUUCACGCAGAGCUACGAGCACAAGGAGAUGCUUGAUGCUGCGGUGCUGGCCAUGCCGCUGGUGUUCUUUUGCGCGGCCACCGACCCGCGCUUUGUCAGCACCCUCAACCGCAUCAUGCUGCCGCCGCACAAGGGCGGGCUGUCGGCGAACAACCUGGUGUUCAGAUACAAUGCCAUCGAGACCGACGACGGGCUGUCGGGCGAGGAGGGCGCGUUUUCGCUGUGCACGUUCUGGCUGGCCGAGGCGUUGGCGCGCGCGAGCCCGGCGAACAAGACGAUGCUGUACAAGUCGCAGGUCAUCGUCGAGGAGAUGAUCACGUACGGGAACCACGUCGGGCUGUUCUCUGAGGAAAUCGACAAGGCCGGCAAGCACCUGGGCAACUUCCCGCAGGCAUUCACGCACAUUGCGCUGAUCUCGGCUGCAUUCAACGUCGAUCGGGAGCUAAAGAAAGUGCACAACUAA